CUAUUCCCUGGAGCACGUUCAAGCUUUGUAUUAGUUUCCAUUUCAACAAAUGAUGGCAGAAGCUCCCAACAUGGCAGUCCCGACUGGACAGCAGGUGCUAGCAGAAGCUCCUAACAUGGCAGCCAUGACUGAACAGCAGCUGCCCGCAGAAGCUCCUGCCCAGGACCCGGUACCAGAGGCUCCAAAGAGAAGGAAAAGGAAAACCAGGGCAGCAGAGCUCCAGGAGCCAGUGGAACCCAAAAAACCUGCUGCGACAAAGAAAUCCGGCAAGUCCACAAAAGCGAAAGAAAAGCAAGAGAAAAUCACAGACAAGUUUAAAGUGAAAAGGAAAGUGGACCGUUUCAACGGCGUCUCUGAGGCCGAGCUUCUGACCAAGACUCUUCCUGACAUUUUGACCUUCAGUCUGGAUAUUGUGAUUAUCAGCAUUAACCCAGGAUUAAUGGCUGCUUACAAAGGACAUCAUUACCCUGGGCCUGGAAAUCACUUCUGGAAGUGUCUGUUCGUGUCAGGGCUGAGUGAGGUGCAGCUGAAUCACAUGGAUGACCACACCUUACCUGGGAAAUACGGCAUUGGCUUCACCAACAUGGUAGAAAGGACGACGCCAGGCAGCAAGGAUCUGUCUAGUAAAGAGUUUCAGGAAAGAGGCCGUAUCCUAGUGCAGAAACUGCAGAAAUACCAGCCAAGAAUAGCGGUGUUUAAUGGAAAAUGUAUCUAUGAAAUUUUCAGUAAAGAGGUUUUUGGAGUAAAGGUUAAGAACUUGGAAUUUGGGCUUCAGCCCCACAAGAUCCCAGAAACUCUUUGCUACGUCAUGCUGUCUUCCAGUGCCAGAUGCGCUCAGUUUCCUCGGGCCCAGGACAAAGUUCAUUACUACAUUAAGCUGAAGGACUUGAGAGACCAGCUGAAAGGCAUCGAACGCAACACGGACAUUCAGGAAGUGCAGUAUACAUUUGACCUACAGCUUGCACAAGAGGAUGCAAAGAAGAUGGCUGUUAAAGAAGAAAAGUAUGAUCCAGGCUAUGAGGCAGCGUGCGGUGGCGCCUAUGGUGAAAACCCAUGUAAUUGUGAACCUUGCGGCUUUGCUUCAAAUGGGCUAAGAGCCAACAGUACGCAGCCGGGAGAAGAAUCAGCUCCUGGCGACAUUCCGAAUGGACAGUUGAUGGCGCAGUCGUUUGCAGAGCAGAUCCCUUCUUUUAAUAAUUGUGGGACACAAGAGCAGGAAGAAGGAAGCCAUGCUUAGGAAGAUGCCUCUCAGCUCUGGCUCAGUGCUGCAGUUUUAAUGCAGAUGUCAG